UAACCCUAAUCUUGCCCCUUUUUUUCUGAUCGAGAUCAGGUUUCUCGAUCAUCAGUCCAUUAAAAAAUUAAAACAAAAACCAUGUUGCUCGGCGGGGUUCCGACAGGUGUGUUCUGGGACACUGUGGAUUGCAAGAUUAGUGAUGACCGCAGUGUUGCUGAGGUUACGCAGAACAUCAAAAAGAAACUCACGGAAGUUGGUAUCGACGGUACGGAUGUCGUCUCAAUCAGGGCUUAUGGUGAUGAUGAUGAUGAUGGGAAAGAUCAUGACUUUAACUCCGCCGGGGUAUCUUUCACUCACUCUCCCGCAGGUGAGAGAGAUGCGAGGCAUGAUCAAAUAUUUUCUGACGUUUUUUCGUGGGUAAAAGAGAACCCUGCGCCGGCAAACUUGGUGCUUUUCAUGGACAUGGGAGACCCUACUGAUGAAUUCGAAAGUAUUGUGAUUUAUCUCUUGAUGAAGUCGAACUACAGAUAUCUCUUAGGCUUAGAACUCCCCUGAGAAAAUAAUUGCUCAUGACAUUUGGAAACUACAUCUUUCUAGUAUCUCUCAAGUAUCGCAAGUAGAAUGGUAUAAAAAAACUAGCUAGUGUGUGUGUGUAUUGCGAGUUGAAUGAACUAAUGUAUCUGUUGUGUAAUAGUAUUAAUGUCAGAUGUUAUUGUAUUGUCUGAUGCUUGAUAAUUUUAUCUUUAAACAACCUACUUAUAGUA